AUGCCGCUCGCUCUCUGCCAAGUCGCCGCGCUGCUCGGAUUCAACGGCCACGGCCCACUCCUGGCCUCGCGCUCGCCUCCUCGCGGCGCCACCCGCAGCGACGGCCGUUCUGGCCCAGAGCCGCUGCUCUCGCCGUACCUUGAGGAGCGCAAGGUGGAGGCGCUAUUCGGGUGGGUGAGCCGCGCCUUUGCGGGCGACGAGCGGUACAACAAUUUGAUGGAUGCCUUUGCGGCCAUCUUUGGCGAGGACGCCAAGUACGCGUCGAUGGUGGAGCAGGCCGUAGCCUCUCUGCCCGGCGAGAGCGACGAGGUGGGAGAGCCGCUGCCGCUGGAACUGCGCGAACGCGGCUCGCUCGGCGCGAUGGGCGCGGGGCAGUGGACCGGCAGCCAGUUCCGCACGCGGCCUCACGCCCUCCUCGACGUGCGCCGGCUCGGCAGCGUGGAGGAGUGGGUCAGCAGCUUGCCGCGCGGCGCGAGGCGGACGCUGGCAAAGGCGCAGCAGCAGGGCUUCGAGGUGCGCGUGCGCCCCAUCCAGGGGGGCGAGCCGGCGCCGCACUCGACGCUGGCGCACUUCCGCUGCGUCGUCGCGCACGAGGUGCGCCUGCUGGCCGGCUCCGAGGGCGACAUCCUCUCGCCGCUCUCGCAGGCCAUCGGCCGCUACGUCGGCUGCACCUCCCAGGCGCGCGAGGCCGAAUGCGCAACCGCACCUCCCAUGGCGGGAGAGGCGGGCGAGAUCCGAGAGUACCGCGACGAGGACGGGCGUGUCAUCGCGUUUGCUCACGAGGUCGACCUCGGGCCGAGCGGAAGCGACUCGUUCAGCGAGCUCAAGCAGCGGUACGGGUUCGAGUCGGUGGAGGACUGGCGCGCGCCGGCGAGCUCGACCACCAGCCACAGUGAGCGGCGCCUCUUGAGCGGCGCCCCUCUGCACCACAGGCACGCCGUGGCGGACUACCGCGGCCCGUUCACGUACUGCGAUGCCGACGGUCGCGUCACCGGUCAGGGCCCGAGCUGGGCAGAGCUCGACCCUCCCGAUUGGCUCUUUGACGAGGCGUCGCCCGUGGCGAUGCAGAAGCGCGCCAAGCGGUGGGCUGCCGCUCGCGGCGGACUGGUCACGCUGCUCACCUCUCUAGAGGAGGAGUGGCCGCAUGCAUUCGCGGUGCCGGCCGGGCAGCUCGGCGGCGCCGGCGUGCCCCGGCCAUGGGUGCCGAGCGGCACGAGCGAUCGCGAGGUGGUGCGGGCCUACAAGCGCGCGUCCUUCUUCCUGCACCCCGACCGGCUCGCUGCGGCGGGCAGGGACACCUCGGUGGUCGUAGAGGCGGAGGAGGUACUCAAGGUGCUGACGGAGGCGCACGCCGACAGGAGUGGCUGGCUCACCGAUGCGGCGAGUGGCGCACAGCGAAGCCCUCCCGCCGCGGCGGCUCGUGCGGCCGCCGAGGGCUUUGCCGCGCGCGCCGCCGCUGCCGCCGCAGCCUCCGCCUCCGCCGCCUCCGCUGCCGAGGCGAGAGAGCCUGGCUGCAGCCGACAGCCGAGCGGCGGAAACUCGGUCCGCGACGAUGUGUUUGGGUGCCCCACAUCGCCGCAGCCGCCGCAGCCGCCACAGCCACCGCAGCCGCCGCAGCCACCGCAGCCGCCGCAGCCGCCGCAGCCGCCGCCGGCGAGGGGUUCCGUUCCCGGCAGAGCCGCCGCCGCCCCCACCCAUGCGUCCGCGGCGGCGGCUGCGGUCGACGAGCUCUUUGCUGGCGUGUCGCCCACCGCAGCCUCCGCCGCCCGAAGCCGGGGGCCGCCGGCAAGCAGCGGCGGGAGCGUCAGGGAUGCCGUCUUCGGGCCCGCCGCCGCACCGUCCCCGCCGACUCCGACGCAUCACAACCCGUUCGAGCCGUGUGCGCCGGCCGGGGCUGGCGCUCGCAACCACUCCGCCCCCCUCAACCCGUUUGGCACAGUGCCUUCGCCGCCGCCACAGGGGCCGCGGGGCGCGGCGGGCAACCCGUCGAGCAACCCGUUUGGGGACCUCAGCGCGUUCGACAAUGCCCGAAGGGGGCGCGAGGCGUGCGACACCGCCGUCGGAUUCGACUUUGUCCCCCCGCCGCGCCGGGCAGCCGCCACUGCCGAGGCGGCAGGCAAUCCAUUCCGAUGA